GCUGGAGGCUAACAGAGUCCCUACAGGUGGUGCCCACGGUAAUGCACCGACAAUGAGUGGCUGUUUUCCAGUUUCUGGCCUCCGCUGCCUAUCUAGGGUGUGUCGUGGCCUGGUGCGGGAGGCUCUUACCUCCCCAAGCCCCACUGCUUCUCCUGCUGCCCGCUUGCUUCGGACUCUGGCAGAAACCCCACCUGCUGACACGUUCCUCCUGGGGAACUGGUCUUGGAUGUGCCAGCGCCUCUGGCCAUGGCCCGCUAACCAGCCUCUCCCGGGCGGGCUCCUGCCGCGCCCCCUCUCGCUUGCCCCCUCCUCCUCCUCCUCCUGCUGCUCUCCCCCCUGCUCCCAGGACGGCGGGAUGGCCGCGCAGGGCGCGCCGCGCUUCCUCCUGACCUUCGACUUCGACGAGACUAUCGUAGACGAAAACAGCGACGAUUCGAUCGUGCGCGCCGCGCCGGGCCAGCGGCUCCCGGAGAGCCUGCGAGCCACCUACCGCGAGGGCUUCUACAAUGAGUACAUGCAGCGCGUCUUCAAGUACCUGGGCGAGCAGGGCGUGCGGCCGCGGGACCUGCGCGCCAUCUAUGAAGCCAUCCCUUUGUCGCCAGGCAUGGGCGACCUGCUGCAGUUUGUGGCAAAACAGGGCGCCUGUUUCGAGGUGAUUCUCAUCUCCGAUGCCAACACCUUUGGCGUGGAGAGCGCGCUGCGCGCCGCCGGCCACCACAGCCUGUUCCGCCGCAUCCUCAGCAACCCGUCGGGGCCGGAUGCGCGGGGACUGCUGGCUCUGCGGCCGUUCCACACACACAGCUGCGCGCGCUGCCCCGCCAACAUGUGCAAGCACAAGGUGCUUAGCGACUACCUGCGCGAGCGGGCCCACGACGGCGUGCACUUCGAGCGCCUCUUCUACGUGGGCGACGGCGCCAACGACUUCUGCCCCAUGGGGCUGCUGGCGGGCGGCGACGUGGCCUUCCCGCGCCGCGGCUACCCCAUGCACCGCCUCAUUCAGGAGGCCCAGAAGGCCGAGCCCAGCUCGUUCCGCGCCAGCGUGGUGCCCUGGGAAACGGCUGCCGACGUGCGCUUCCACCUGCAACAAGUGCUGAAGUCGUGCUGAGUCUGGCAGCCUGCAAGGGGGUACCGGGGCCAACGGCGGAGGGGGCGGGGAAGGGAGAUUCGGGAAAGACAGUUAGCUUUACUACUCCGUU